GGAGGCGGGGGCGGUAUCGCCCUGGGACCUAGGUGGUAAAGCGGCGGGAGGGAGACCCGGGAGCCGGCAGCUGCGGAUUGCUGACGGACAGCCCGGCGCUGCCUGGCCCUGCCUGCAGCAGGCAUGGUGUCCCAGAUGCUGCAGCUGCUCCGGCAGGGCGUUUGGGCUGCGCUCACCGGCGGCUGGUACCACGACCCGGAGCACAGCAAGUUCACCAACAGCUGCCACCUUUACCUGUGGCUGUUCCUGCUGCUGCUACCCCUGACCCUGCACUUGGCUUUUCCUCCAAAUGCCAUCACUGUAUUUUUUUACUGCAGUUCAGUGACUGUAUUUUUCGCCAUAAUCAAACUGGUCAGUUACCGUCUACACCUUAUGUUUGACAAAGGAGAAGUCAUUCAGCAGAAGCCCACCUCAAAGAAAGAAAAGCCAGUUACUGAAAAAGAGACCAAAAGUGAACAUCCAGUUAAUCACAAAAACCCAAGCAAUAAUGGGAGGAUUAACAGUGACAAAAACGAAGAUGACAAUCGAAACCUCUCUACUCCUCUGCACUGCAGCUCUAAAGGACAAAGUAUUAACUCUUCGGGCUUACUGGAGUUGCCAGCACAAGAAACUGUGGAAGAUCUCAAAGAUGUCAUUCUUUCAGAUGAACAACCUGCGGCUCCAGUAUCAUCUACCUCACCUGGUAACAAAACAGAAAGUUUAACUGUUUCUAAAGCAUAUGUACCAGAAACUAUAACUUUGCGUGCAAGACCAGCGAAACCAGUUGUUGCAGAGACUUUAAUUGAAGGGAAGGAACAAGUAGGGAAGGGACUGCUCCCUUUUCGACACAGAUCUGAGGGUGGUUUAGUAGAUAAAGAAGUCCUGAAGAAGUUGGCACAUCUAUCUUUGUCUCAAUAUGACUUACUAGAAAAAGAUGUCUCUUUCCAGCCUUGGGGUAGCGAAAACUCAGUCCUGAUCCCAGAGUCUGUUAAUUAUGGCCAGGGCUCUAUAAAGGAAGAGUUGCAAAGCACAUCACCUCAGGAAAGCUUAAGCAGUAGCUUCCUUCAGUGUAGCACUGUCGUUGCCAAACCAACACAGGAGCCUGUAGAUACAUCUGAGCAGGUGGAUGCUACCUUGAACCAGGGAGUGCACUACUCAGAUAGUGAAGUUGCAGUUACUCUUAUUGACACAUCUCAACCCGGAGCACCACUGAGUCUGCAUGAACCCAUUAAAAUUGUCAUCACCAUGAGCAGUAGCCCUAAUUCCAUGACAGACAUGGAAAGCUCACUCCACCUGAAAGUCAUUGGCACUGAAAGAACUGGUUUAAAGACUGAUGAUGAGCUAACUCACACAGGGAUGACAAGUCCUUCAAGUUUGGAACAAACCAGAAUUCCUGUCAUUACUCUGGAGCUGCCUGAGGAUGCAGGAGGAGACAUCAGUUGUCUAGAAAAUAAUGAAAGUGAAAGAACUCCUGAGAAACUGCUGGUGGUGGAAUCCUCCAAUCAGUGUUCUGGCUAUGAAUCUGCAGAGGGGGGCAACAUCACAAAGGACUACAACUCUUCCCUAAAGGACUAUUGUGAAACAACUCCCAAACUCACACCUACUGUGAUCUUCGAAUCUGAAGGAGAAAAUGUUCAAGAUAAUCUUGACCCCUUAUCUUGUAAAAGUAGCCAUGAAAAGAGACAUGCCCGAGUCCUCAGUGUAGAUAGUGGGACAGAUGUCUUCCUGAGCAAGAGUUCCACAGAAAUGACCAAUGAUAAAGAAAAAACAAUGCCAACUUCAAAAUCCGACUUGGAAGCAAAAGAGGGACAAAUACCAAAUGAAUCUAACUUCCUGGAAUUUGUCUCUCUGUUAGAGUCAAUUAACACUUCCAAGGUGGUAGCAUCUAACCAAAAGAGUGAUUUAGCAGAGCAAAACAGAGAAAGUGGGCUUCUCAGAGAUAACUGCACCCAAGAGAAAAAGGAAGAAAUCCUGCAAAAAGAAAAACAUAGUGAAUGCAAUUCUAAGCAAGGAUAUUCAGAAAUACAAAAUCAAGACCAUACUAGCACAAGUCCUGUGCUUGUGGAGCCUGCCAAGAUCACCACCUUUUUUCAGGGUAGUAGACAAAGGCAGAUAAUUUACAGGGUAACUUCCCAACAAGAUAGCUCUGUUUUGCAAGUUAUCAGUGGACCUGAAACAUCUGUACAAGAUGAAAUAUCUGUGGAUGCUAUGCAUGUCUUCAUUGAUGAGCGUGGGGAAAUAAGAUCCUGUUACUUAAAAUCUGGGGAUCAGAAAGAAGGCCCUUUACAACAGCAACUUUUGAAUUAUGACAGUGUCUCUCAUGCCCAAGAGAUACACAUCAGUUCCUCCAGCACCACAACUUCUGAGAGUCAAGAUCUUUCUUCUGGGGACCCUGCAGUCAGUGCUCUUCAACAACAGCUACUUCUAAUGGUGGCUGGGAGGACCCAGUCAGAGAUCCCACGGCAUUUGAGUCAGGACUUGGAAAACUCAUCAUGUUCUUCAACACGAAAAUUUAAUCGAGAGCAAUUUUACAAAUUUAUUAUUUUCCCUGGCAAGUGGAUUAAAGUCUGGUAUGAUCGACUUACUUUGUUGGCGCUACUUGAUAGAACUGAAGAUGUGAAGGAGAAUGUGAUGGCAGUUCUACUUAUUGUUCUGGUUUCCUGGCUUGGAUUUUUAACUCUAAACCAAGGUUUUUACAAAGACUUGCGAGUGCUCCUUUUCUGCCUUGUCAUGGCCAGCUGCCAGUAUUCCCUGCUAAAGAGUGUUCAGCCUGACCCUGCCUCUCCAAUUCAUGGACACAACCAAAUCAUAACAUAUAGCAGACCAAUCUAUUUUUGUAUGCUGUGUGGCCUUAUUUUGCUUCUUGAUAUAGGGGCCAAUGCCAAGUAUCCUCCCACUUAUGUUAUCUAUGGCCUGAAGCUCUUCUCUCCAGGGUCCCUCCAGUCAGCUAGGGACCUCUUAAUAGUGUUUUUAUAUUGCUUUCCUGCAAUUUCCCUCCUUGGACUCUUCCCUCAGAUCAACACUUUCUGCAUUUAUCUUUUAGAACAAAUUGACAUGCUGUUUUUUGGUGGAUCAGCUGUUUCAGGGAUGACAUCAGCAGUUUAUAGCAUGGCCCGGAGUGCUGCAGUUGCUGCCUUGCUCCAUGUGUUUUGUUUUAGUGCAGUGAAGGAACCUUGGAGCACACAACACAUCCCAGCGCUGUUUUCAACCUUUUGUGGCCUCUUGGUUGCUCUUUCCUACCAUCUGAGCAGGCAGAGCAGUGAUCCAUCAGUGCUCCUGUCCUUUAUUAGAUGUAACUUGUUUCCUAAAUUUUUACAUCAAAACAUGGAAGAAAUGGCUGCAGAUCCUCUCCCAAAGAAGAUGAAAGAUUCAGUGAAGGAGAUCUUAAGAUCGGACCUCAUUAUCUGCUCAGUGGCUGCUGUUUUGUCAUUUGCAGUCAGUGCCAGUACUGUGUUCCUGUCCUUGCGCCCGUUUCUCAGCAUUGUGUUGUUUGCCAUUGCUGGCACAGUGGGAUUUGUCACCCAUUACAUGCUUCCUCAGCUUCGAAAGCACCAUCCAUGGAUGUGGAUUUCACACCCAGUUCUUAAAAAUAGAGAGUAUCAGCAACGGGAAGUGACAGAUGUUGCCCAUUUAAUGUGGUUUGAAAGACUCUAUGUUUGGCUUCAGUGUUUUGAAAAAUAUAUCUUGUACCCAGCAAUAAUUUUAAAUGCCCUCACUAUUGAUGCAUUUUCAAUAAGCAAUUACCGGAGACUUGGUACCCACUGGGACAUCUUUCUAAUGAUCGUUGCUGGCAUGAAGCUGCUGAGGACUUCUUUCUGUAAUCCUGUUCACCAGUUUAUUCAUUUGAGCUUCACUGUCAUCUUUUUCCAUUUCGACUACAAAGAUGUUUCAGAAAGUUUCUUAAUGGAUUUCUUCAUGGUAUCCAUUCUAUUUAGCAAGCUUGGGGACCUGCUUCACAAGUUACAGUUCGUCAUGACCUAUGUGGCUCCGUGGCAGAUGGCUUGGGGCUCUUCAUUUCACGUGUUUGCUCAGCUCUUUGCAAUCCCUCAUUCUGCAAUGCUCUUCUUCCAGAUGAUUGCCACAUCAAUCUUUUCUACUCCAUUGAGCCCAUUUCUUGGGAGUGUCAUUUUCAUUACAUCAUAUGUUAGGCCUGUGAAAUUCUGGGAGAAAAGCUACAAUACAAAGCGAGUGGAUAAUUCCAACACAAGGCUGGUUGUCCAAAUCGAAAAAGAUCCAGGGAAUGAUGACAACAACCUGAAUUCUAUCUUCUAUGAACAUUUGACAAGGGCCCUUCAGGAUUCCCUUUGUGGAGAUUUGAUUCUUGGCCGAUGGGGUAACUACAGCUCCGGAGACUGCUUUAUUUUGGCUUCAGACUAUCUCAAUGCCUUUGUUCAUCUGAUUGAAAUUGGCAAUGGUCUUGUCACUUUUCAGCUUCGAGGAUUAGAAUUCCGAGGAACCUACUGCCAGCAGAGAGAGGUGGAAGCCAUCAUGGAAGGGGAUGAGGAUGACAGAGGUUGCUGCUGCUGCAAACCUGGGCAUUUGCCUCACCUGUUGUCCUGCAAUGCAGCCUUUAACCUCCGCUGGCUCACCUGGGAGAUUACACGAACACAGUAUAUCCUGGAGGGCUACAGCAUCAUAGACAACAAUGCAGCCACCAUGCUGCAGGUUUUUGAUCUUCGAAGGAUUCUUGUUCGUUAUUACAUCAAGAGUAUAAUCUAUUAUAUGAUAACAUCUCCUAAACUCUUCUCCUGGAUAAAAAAUGAAUCACUUCUGAAGUCCUUGCAGCCCUUUGCCAAGUGGCAUUACAUUGAGCGUGACCUCGCCAUGUUCAACAUUAACAUUGAUGAUGACUAUGUUCCAUGUCUCCAAGGAAUAACAAGAGCCAGCUACUGUAAUGUGUACUUAGAAUGGAUUCAAUACUGCGCACGGAAAAGGCAAGAGCCUGCAAAGAACAUGGACAGUGAUGAGGACUCUGCUUUGGUGACUCUGUCUUUUGCCUUGUGCAUCCUGGGGAGGAGAGCACUGGGAACAGCAGCUCACAAUAUGGCCAUCAGCUUGGAUUCUUUCCUGUAUGGUCUUCAUGCUCUCUUCAAAGGUGAUUUUCGAAUAACAGCUCGAGAUGAGUGGGUCUUUGCUGACAUGGACCUUCUACACAAAGUUGUUGCUCCUGCUAUCAGGAUGUCCCUGAAGCUCCACCAGGAUCAGUUCACUUGCCCUGAUGAAUAUGAAGAUCCUGUGGUCCUUUAUGAGGCCAUCCAGUCCUUUGAGAAGAAAGUUGUGAUAUGUCAUGAGGGUGACCCGGCAUGGCGGGGAGCUGUGCUCUCCAACAAGGAGGAGCUGCUCACCCUGAGGCAUGUGGUGGAUGAGGGCACCGAUGAGUACAAGGUCAUCAUGCUCCACAAAAGCUUCCUGAGCUUCAAGGUGAUCAAGGUUAACAAAGAAUGUGUCCGUGGACUUUGGGCUGGACAGCAGCAAGAACUCAUAUUCCUUCGCAACCGUAAUCCAGAGCGUGGUAGCAUUCAGAACAACAAGCAGGUCCUUCGAAACUUGAUUAAUUCUUCCUGUGAUCAGCCCUUGGGGUAUCCCAUGUAUGUAUCUCCCCUAACCACAUCCUAUCUAGGGACCCACAAGCAACUAAAGAAUGUCUGGUGUGGACCUCUCACUUUGGACAGCAUUAGGACAUGGUUCCGAACCAAGUUAUUAAGAAUGCAUAAGGAUUGUGAUGCUGGCCAGCAGAGUGUUGGCAACAUUGAAGACAUGGAAGGAGGGGUGGCACCAUCCACAGGAGGUAGUCAUGCUCCAGGUGCUGAGAGCCAAGAGAGCAGCACUGAACAGCCCAGAAAAGCUGGAACCCACCAUUGGUCACCCCAUGAAGGAACACGGAGGACAGGUAUCAGGAAAGGAAGGAGUCAGUCUGUCCAGACUCAUGGGACAUUACACCAACGGCCUCCCAUCUUAAGCUCAUCUGGUCCCAUCUUAGAAAGCCGCCAAGCCUUCCUCCAGACAUCUACAUCAGUUCAUGAGCUAGCACAGAGGAUGUCAGGCAGCCGGCUUUCCUUGCGCACCUCAGCUGCAUCCCUGCACUCUCAGCCCCCACCUGUCACCACCACAGGACACUUGAGCGUCAGAGAGCGAGCUGAGGCACUGAUCAGAUCCAGCUUGGGCUCAUCUACCAGCUCUACCCUCAGUUUCCUCUUUGGCAAGAGGAGCUUCUCCAGUGCUCUUGUCAUUUCUGGACUCUCUGCUGCAGAGGGAGGCAACACAAGUGAUACCCAAUCAUCGAGCAGUGUCAACAUAGUGAUGGGCCCCUCUGCAAGGACUACUGGCCAACCCACACGGCACUUCUCUGAGCCUUGUGAACCCACUGAAGCCACAGAGCAGGGGCAAGUUCUUAACCAUCGUCUGGCUGAAGCUGUGGUGAGAAAUGUGGGGAUCUGCAGAAGAGCCAGCCAGGAGGACAUGGGCCUGGAUGACACCACUUCCCAGCAAAGUGCCUCUGAUGAGUCGUGAAGGAGAACAAGAAAUGGGAAGGCACACCCCAUAUCAAGGAAGAAAGGGGAAAUCCCACUAAAAAAAAAGGGCAGCAAAUUUUGUAACCUAGAUGAUACCUUUCCUGUGGAAAAAUGAGAGCUGCUGUUAGAAAACAGAAUAAAUACCUCAGUUUCUUGGAAAUCACACAUACACAAUGAAAAAUUUAAAAUAGAAAAAAAAAUGGACUCACCUCCUUGCUCCCAGCUCACUUGUCCCUGAACUGCCAAACACAAGAGGCACAGAACUUGUCAGAAUUUGAAAAUCCAAAUAGAAGCCAUGUCAUAUCUUAAAAGAACUAGUUAGUAGAGCACAUACUUACCUGACUGAUAAAAAGACAGCUGCAUGUGAAAUAAUUGGCUUUCUGUACAUUGCUGCAGGCAUGAAAAAGAAUGAACCACAGCAUGUAACAUACUAACAGCUAGUCAGCUGCAAUAAGAUUAAGUCUAAAUAUAAAAAAAAUCUCACUUUAUAAUAUAUAUGCAGAUGUUAACUACAAAUUAGUGACAGCUUUACUGCAAGAGAUGUGAUAAUGCAUGCAGCCAUGUCUAAAGGAUUCUGUGAAAAAGCCUAAUGAUACCCUGCAGUCUGUUUAGAAAUCUCAUCGAAGCAAGCACAAAAAUGCCAGGUUGGAAUCGCAUGAUACAACUAUAGUCAAAACCACUGAUUUCUUACAAACCAGGUUACAUCUUGCUUCUAUUCCUGUCUGCUUCAAGGAAAAUGUAUGCUCGCUCUAAGUUAAACAGCCCUUACUAUAUUGAUUGCACAAAUAUGUUUGUUUAUAGUUAUUGAUGUUAUUGUUUGAAUUCUAUGCAGUGUCUUUUUUAAAAAAAAUGUUUUGUUUUUAUUUUUACCAUGAGAAUGACAUGGGAAAAUUCUAAGAUUUUUCCCAUCUUAAAAUUCUUACAGGGAAAAGCAAAAGCCUGGUUCUUGCUGUCAUGAGGGAGAAGUGCCAGAAUACAGUCCAUGAAAAA